AUGUCCUCAGGUAGGUUGGAGCUGUUUGUCAGUACCAAAAUUCAGAUUUUGAACUGGAAGAUGAAGUCGAGGAAGUCAGGGAGUUGUUGUAUGACAUUGUAAAGAAGGCUGGGCCCCAUGGAAUCGAAACCAGCCUACUGGCAAAGGAAUAUGAGAAACAAUUUGUUGAUUGCGGCAUUGGACAGCCCCUUCCAUCAGCUUGGUUGAGGUACAUCAAGGUCGCUGAUGAAUUUGAUAUGAGAAAUGAGGGGGAUAAGAUAUAUAUCAGUGUCAUCCAGCGAGAUAAUGUACCGUUACAACAAAAAGUAAGACGUCUUUGUUCUUGUAAUAAUUUUUAGGUGGCAUCGAUUGUCAAAGAGACCCUCAGUCUUGAUGAUGAAGAAAUUGUGGAUCAAGAUAUAAAACUAAAGCCGCUUCCACUGUCAGGGAUGCCGCAAUGCAAGACAAAAGUUCAUAUUCUGGCAGCUACAGAUCCCAACAACAUUAGUAUUCGGUUAUGCGCAUGGGAUCCAAUGCCCGACUAUUUAUAUUCAGCCUUGGCAAAAGACUUUUCUGAUGAGAGUAAGAAACGAAAGAGGAUCAAGACUGUGCAGGGCAGGAUAUGUGUUGCUAAAUUACCCAACGGAUCGUGGGAAAGAGUGCAGAUUGUUAAACCGAGUGUAACGAUGGGUCAUAAGGGCUACUGGGUGGUAUUCGCAGUUGAUGUUGGAGUAUUCCACUUGGCACACGAAAAAUAUCUUCAACCACUUAGCGAUAGUGUUUGUGCUUUUGACAAGGUUUUACUCGCCAAAUGUGAAGUAAGUUGAUUGAAGUAUCCAGGGAUGUUAUAAUUACGUAUUAGCUGACAGGAAUAAAGCCGAAUAAUGAGACCGGGAUCUGGUCCAGGAAUGCCCAACAGGCCAUUAACAAUUGGCUCAGCGAAGUCCAAGGGACAGAGAUCGAUCUGGAGCCGGUGUCAGAAUGGAAAAUGUCCAAAGAAGAAGUUCCUGUUGUAAAUGCCCGCCUUUCAGUCAAUGGUGAAGAUCUGGCCAAGAAAUUAAUUGAAAACGGCUAUGCUCAAGCGUCAGAAUGA